AAUGUACCUCCUACUCAUGCUCAUGCUAAUAUAAAAGGUAGUAAUGUUGUUGAUAAUGUGGAUGUAUCUAAGGAGACUGACACUGAAAUAUAUUAUCGGUGUAAAUUGUUUGUGGAUGGAGAUCCCCCUCACCUCGUGGCUAUUGGUGAAAGCAACAAGGGGGAGAUUGAUGGAAAUGUUCCUGCAUUCCCAAGAGAUGAUUUUGAUGAUGAUUCAA